UUUCCAUUCUCGACGUUAGUUUUAUUUUCAAAGCAAAAACCUUCAGAAACCUUAAAAUUGGAAGCUAAAUCGUCGGAGAUCGACUACUUUGGAUCUGCAGGUGAACUGGAUAGAGAUAUUGUCUUGGAAGCCAGGGAACUGUUCGAUUAGGCGUAUUUUUUAUUCCUUAAUAAACUGAUUCUAUCCCUAAGAAUUUGAGCUAACUAAUGGACGAGGAUAAAAAGAAGAAGAAGAACAAGAAAAAGAAAAGCAGGCAAACUAAAGCUGCUGAAGAUGUGUCGGAUGGUGUUGGAGCAACAACUUCUCUGGAGCAUAAUAAUGUAGGUUCUAUCGAACAGAACCACUGCAACCUAGUUUCUGGGAAUGUGGACAUUCAAACGCCUGGAGUGGUGGAAACAAAUGUAAGCUUGGACAGACAUCAUAAUGAUGGUGCGAUAAGAGCUAGUCUAGACGAGAAAAUCAGACAAUUGCAAAGUGAAAAUGAUUCCUUCAUCCAAAGGGAGGCUGGUUUGGAGAAGAAAAUCAUAAACUUGCAGAAUGAAAAAGAUUCAUGGCUCCAGAAGGAGGUUAGUUUGGAGGAGAAAAUCGAACAGUUAUCAGAUGAGAAAGCCGCUUGGACUCUAAAAGCGAAUUCUAUGAAGGGAAUGUUUGAUAGACUGAAUGAAGAGACCACACGGCUACAGGCACAGGUGAAGGAGUUGGAAGAGUCUAGGGCUAGUCUUGUACAUGAAAAGCAGCAUUUGAUGGAAACUGUCUCUUCUCUUCAGUCACAGCUUCAGCACCUUGAAAGGGAGACUUCAUUUUCUGCAUCCUCAAAUAUAGAUAUGACAAAGCAUGUAUCUGAACAUGAGGAUUUGAAUGCUCAGAUAGAAGCAGGACAUGUACUAGUUGAGAAACUGAUUGCUGAAAAUGCACAACUUGUUGAAAAGGUGAAUGAACUGUACAUUGAGCUUGAUCGACAGAGUAUAAGAGCUGCACAUUCUUCAACAGCUGGAUUUGAUCCAGCUGUAAUGACAGGAACUGCAAUCAGUGCAGAAAAAGUUUCGGAGUUCAGUGAGAAGAUGUCUGCAUCAGGUGAGAAUAUGGAAUCCUUUGAAACUAUUCAAAUGGGAGACAGGAUAAGCAGCACCAACAAUCCAGAUACAGGCAUCAGUGCCAUCACUUCAAUCCAGAUAGAAGAAUACCCUGCAUCGUUUGAAGCUGGCGGGUCUGAAGAAAUUGUGCAGGUUCCAUUGGAUGACAGUGAAGUUCAGGAGAAUGAGUCACCAGCAGCCUUGGCAUCUGAAGAAAAUGUUACCCUGCCAUUAUCGGAUGCACCACUAAUUGGGGCUCCUUUCCGGCUGUUUUCUUUUGUUGCGAAAUAUGUCAGUGGUGCUGAUUUAGUUAACCAGAACACUUCAAGUUCCAGUAGGUAGGAUGAAUUAUGAUUUUUUUUUCUUUCAAGUUUUUGUUAUUUUUAUUACCUUUGAUUUAAUCUCCAAUCCUUUCCCAACUUUUAACAGAUUAAAGAAUGUAAAGACUGAAGAAAAGUUACUUCAUUGGAGA